CAUGCGCAAAGGAGUCCUCCGCGCUCGACCGCGCUCAUAAGAGAAAAUAGCGUGUGUGGUUCUUGACGCGCCGCGAACCUUCGAACACAAGUGUGAUACUACCCUGCGAGGAAGCGUUCCAGCGACUCGCCUCUCCCCGCCGUCGCAGUUACCACCGCGACCUGCUGUUUCGCCCCAGGCUCGAUGCCCUUCGCAGGCCCAUCUCAUGGCCCUCGUGUCUGCUGAUUCCCGAAUUGCAGAGCUUCUCACAGAGCUCCACCAGCUGAUCAAGCAAACCCAGGAAGAGCGUUCGAGGAGUGAGCACAACUUGGUGAACAUCCAGAAGACCCACGAGCGAAUGCAGACGGAGAACAAGAUUUCUCCGUAUUACCGGACAAAGCUGCGUGGCCUCUAUACAACUGCCAAGGCUGAUGCUGAGGCCGAAUGCAACAUCCUCCGCAAAGCACUGGAUAAGAUAGCGGAGAUCAAGUCUCUGUUGGAAGAGAGGCGGAUUGCGGCCAAGAUCGCAGGUCUCUACAAUGACUCGGAGCCGCCAAGGAAGACCAUGCGCAGAGGGGUGCUGAUGACGCUGCUGCAGCAGUCAGCCAUGACCCUGCCCCUCUGGAUCGGGAAGCCUGGUGACAAGCCCCCACCCCUCUGUGGAGCCAUUCCAGCCUCAGGGGACUAUGUGGCCAAACCUGGAGACAAGGUGGCUGCUAGAGUGAAGGCUGUGGAAGGGGACGAGCAGUGGAUCCUAGCUGAAGUAGUCAGUUACAGCCACGCUACCAACAAGUAUGAGGUAGAUGACAUUGAUGAAGAAGGCAAAGAGAGACACACCCUGAGCCGUCGGCGAAUCAUCCCACUGCCCCAGUGGAAAGCCAACCCUGAGACAGACCCUGAGGCCUUGUUCCAGAAGGAGCAGCUGGUGCUGGCCCUCUAUCCCCAGACCACCUGCUUCUACCGUGCUCUGAUCCACACACCCCCCCAGCGGCCUCAGGAUGACUACUCGGUCCUGUUUGAAGACACCUCCUAUGCAGACGGCUACUCCCCUCCCCUCAAUGUGGCCCAGAGGUACGUGGUGGCUUGUAAGGAACCCAAGAAAAAGUGAAACGAGCUGACAGCCUCAUGGGAGAAGACAACAAAGAAGUUCCUAUAAUCAAAUAAACACUCUUCCCCCUCA